GACCUUGAUAACUCUAGGAUCAUGAGCAAGAUUCAUUGCAUCGGUACGCAUCGGGUGCACACUCCACGAGCCAUCCUUCCAAUCGGUAGCAGGCGCACUGGGGUAAGAAUUACUGAAGUCGUUCUUGACAUGGUAAGGAUUGGCAGUGACGAGUUGUACUGUCGUGGUGGAAGGAAGGGAAAAAGGUGAGACGGGAGGUCCGUAUGGCGUCACAGUCACGGCCUUCCUUGCUCCCGACGUUCACGAAUAAUCCCAUCCCGCUCAACAUUACUGCCUUUGAGGCGCAUUGUUCCUCCCCUCCAGACGACGGCGGCGUUGAAGAGCUAGAAUGGUUCCUCGCUACAUACUGGCUCGAAACCAUUCUGGUUUCUGUGGAUCCGUCUCCUUCUCCUGGGCCCUUCCAUCUUGGUGUUGACGAGAAUGCAAAGUGUGAAUUUGUAAGCUGGACGACGAUAAUGUUACCGUUAACCCUUCCUCAAAAAACUCGGUCUCAAGACCAUUCUUUUGGUAGAAAGUGGAUGGUUCCUUGCUGGAUUAGCUCAGUAUAGACUCGGCGGCGAUGGUCCAUCACAAUGUCAGUUGCCGAAGGUAUUCGUAAUACCAACACGAAGGAACCAGGCUUGAUACAUAUGGAGCCUAAGAUCCAACGAUACUUCUUCUAGGAUUU